GCUUGCCAUUUAUUUCUUCUCUUUCUCUCUUACCUUUCCUUCCCUUCGCAGUAGUUUCCUUCCUUCGUCUUCCGCCAUGUCUCCCACCAAAAUAGAAGGGCCAACUCAUCUCCGUCAAGGUUCAAGCCCCCUUUCUCCUCCCCUUUUUUCUAGCAUCACUCCAGUCCCUAGGAUUUCGUCCUCUUAAAGCCUCACCCUCACUGGAGCUCCGACUAGUUCCGUCGCCAAGAUUGAAGCUUGUGCUUUCUGCUGAAGAAGAUGCAGCACGGUAACACGGAAUCCUUUUUUUUUUUUAGUUUAUGACAUAAAUGUGCUUCAGCAAGAGGCUCAUACACGCUGGCUGAAGCCUUCCGAAGUUCUCUUCAUCUUACAGAAUUAUGAGAGAUUCCCACUCACACAAGAGCCACCCCAGAGGCCACCCAGUGGUUCUUUGUUCCUUUUCAAUCGUAGAAUACUCCGUUUUUUCCGUAAAGAUGGUCAUCUGUGGCGAAGGAAGAAAGAUGGAAGAACUGUUGGGGAAGCACAUGAACGACUUAAGGUUGGGAAUGUAGAUGUCCUGAACUGUUACUAUGCUCAUGGAGAGAAAAAUCCUUAUUUUCAGAGGCGAAGUUUUUGGAUGCUGGACCCGGCCUAUGAGCACAUUGUUCUUGUUCAUUACAGAGAAGUAGCUGAGGGAAGAUAUGUUUCAGGAUCUACUUCAAACUUGUCAACUGAAUCUUGUUCAACUUUCAAUCAGAGCACCAGUGUUAACAAUGCCCAAAUUCAAGGUUUCACGUCUGGAACUAAUGACCUGUAUGAACCAUAUCGGAGCUCUUGCAGUCCGGGGUCUGUGGAAGAAGUUAGUUCUAAGUUUGUCAUAGAGAACCUCGAGAGUGACCGCAUGAAUAUGAUGUAUAAAUCGUUAAAUGAUGGCCAAUCAUCAAGGCCGGAAGUUAGUCAAGCUCUGCGGAAGCUUGCGGAGCAGUUAAGUCUGGAUGAUGAUGAUAACUCUAUUUUCUUUGAUGACCUGCCUGCAUUCGCUGGUCAGAAUGAGAAUUUACAAGAUCUGGAUUUUGGAACAAGGGACUCCUUACAGGAGUCACAUGAACAUCUGCUCCGUGGUUUGGAAUUUGCAGGGCAAGGUCAACUUGAAGAAGCCAGGAAGCAGAAAAAUUACAACAACAUUCAGUCUCUGAAAACUUGUGGUGACCAUGGAACUCAGCAAGACCAGUCACUAUGCUUGGAUUAUGGUAUUGAGAGGAAGCAGUCUCCUUCAUGGAAAGACAUGCUGGAGUUGAGUUCAAGUUCAGCAGGUGUUGAUUCCCAUGUUAAAACUUCAAAUUGCAGCACUAGGGCAUUUGGUUUGGCAUCUCCUGCUAGAAAUAUGUUCGACCAUGAUGCAUUGCUCUCUUCCUCCGCAAGCAUUGGUAUGUCUGCAAUUCCAUUUGAGGAGUCAGAAGAUUUGACUUGGCUUAAAACAGAGAGUAGGCCUAAUGGUAACCAGAUCUCUGAGAGUGAUCUAAGUUUACAGCUAUCAGCAACAAGAAGAUUUUUGUUGGGCUCUGACUAUCCUGUGGGGUCAUCAACCUCUAGUUCACAGCUCUCAGAUGCUGGAGUACAUUCCUCUGGUACAAGCAUUGUUGAGGCCAACAUUCUGCUCAGAAAAGAAAAUAGCACUGAUUGGAUGGGGACUGAGCAUUUAGCUGCUGGGAAUAAUACGUACACGCCUGACUUCUCAGGCUCAUGGUUUGAUCACGGCCAAUUUGAAAGUUCUGUUGGAAUGUAUUCAAGUUUGACUGUGGCACAGAAACAACGGUUCAGCAUUCACGAAAUCUGUCCCGAAUGGGCAUUUGCAUAUGAAAGUACCAAGGUUAUUAUUACUGGAAACUUUCUUUGCAAUCCUUCAGAUUGUGCCUGGGCGGUUAUGUUUGGCGAUAUUGAGGUUCCUCUUGAAAUUGUUCAGGAUGGUGUCCUUCGUUGCCAGGCUCCUCAACAUAGUCCUGGUAAGGUCACAUUUUGCAUCACAUCUGGGAAUAGGGAGUCCUGCAGUGAAGUGCGAGAAUUUGAAUUUCGUGCAAUGGCAAAAACCUCUAGUUCCAAAGGCAUUUCAUCAUCAACAGAUGCAACAAAAAGUGCUGAAGAAUUGUCAUUGCUUGCCAGACUUGUACAGAUUCUUUUAUGUGGACAUGAUAGUCUAACAGUUUCAAAAGGUGCUGUUGCGGAAGUUGGACGGUCCAGAAAAUUGAAAACUGAUGAUCCUUGGAAGCAAAUAAUCGAGUCACUCCAAGUUGGUUGUGAAAAUUCAUUAGGUACUGUAGAAUGGAUCAUGCAAGAGCUAUUAAAGGAUAAAUUGCAGCACUGGAUAUCAUCCAAAAAUCAACGAAAUGAUGGGACAAGUUGCUUGUUAUCCAAGCAAGAGCAAGGCAUCAUACAUUUGAUUUCUGGUUUGGGAUAUGAGUGGGCCCUAAAUCCUAUUCUUGGUGCUGGUGUUGGCAUAAAUUUUCGUGAUGCAAAUGGAUGGACAGCCCUCCAUUGGGCUGCAUAUUUUGGAAGGGAAAAUAUGGUUGCUGAACUUCUUGCUGCUGGUGCGUCAGCUGGAGCUGUUACAGAUCCCACUCCACAAGAUCCAGUGGGCAAAACACCAGGUUUUAUAGCUUCUGCAAAAGGCCACAAAGGUCUUGCUGGAUAUCUUUCAGAAGUUGCUCUAACUAGCCAUCUUUCUUCUCUCACAAUGGAGGAAAAUGAGAUUUCCAAAGGGUCCGCAGAGCUGGAGGCAGAGAGAGCCGUGGAAAGCAUAUCCCAGAGGAGUGUCCAAAUACAUGUUGGUGGAGCAGAAGAUGAGCUUUCACUUAAAGAUUCUUUGGCAGCUGUCAGAAAUGCAGCUCAAGCUGCUGCACGCAUACAAGCUGCCUUCCGUGCUCACUCUUUCAGAAAGAGGCAACAAAAGGCUGCUUUAAGUCAAGAUGACUAUGGCAUGACUCAAGAAGAAAUUCAAGGGCUUUCUGCAGCAGCAAAGACUCAUAGGCUGUUUCAUGGUUUUCAUGAUCAGAAGUUUGAUAAAGCGGCUCUAUCUAUUCAAAAGAAAUAUCGAGGUUGGAAAGGACGAAAAGACUUCCUAACUUUACGUCAACAUGUAGUAAAGAUACAGGCUCAUGUAAGGGGUCAUCAGGUAAGAAGGAAGUACAGAGAGAUCCUUCGGGCUGUCAGUGUUGUAGAAAAGGUUGUACUCAGGUGGCGUCGGAGAGGGGCUGGUUUACGAGGUUUUCGAGCUGAACGAGAAUUGUCCAAUAAUGAAGAGGAAGAAGAAGAUGUAGCCAAGGAUUUCCGAAAGCAGAAAGUUGAUGCCGCUCUUGAUGAAGCUAUGUCUAGAGUACUUUCAAUGGUGGACUCUCCUGAUGCAAGGCAGCAGUACCGUCGAAUGCUUGAAAGAUACCGUCAAGCUAUGGCUGAGUCAAGUAAUGCAGAUGAAGCAACAUCAAGACUUCGAGAUGAUUUUGAGAUAAUAGAAAAUGAUGACUUCAUGAACUGAUUUGAAUUUGGGAAGACUUGGGCUCAUGUUGACUCACUAUCCCUCAGGUUUUGGUGAAUCCAGAUAGAUACUGCAACAUUCAAGCAGCCUGUCCGUAAUGUACUGAAUUGCUUAUGGGUCCUAUAUCUGUUCUUGUAAAUUAUUGUUCUAAUUGUUGUACAUAUGAUCCAAUGUAAUCAGCAAUAUGUGCAUGCAUGGCAUAGCUGUGUGCUGCUGUAAGGGUUGUCUUACUGUUGUAAAUCUGAAUCUGGGAAUUAGGAAGUUUGUUAAGGUUCUAUUUGGCAUUACA